GCCAUGGGAACCUGCGGCCGCCUGGGUUUGAGGCGGGCGGUGCGCACGCCGGGCGUGAGGAGGCAGAAAGGGGCCAUUGGCCCCGCCCGCAAUCUCAGCCCUUUGGAGGACUGCGCUACCCCGUUCCCAGGGAGCGCGUGCCGCCGCCACCGCCUCAACUUUCUUCGGACUCGGGAAUUUCUCGGCCACGAGGAGGAGUCCAGGGAGGAAAGAGCCGGUCCCUCCCUCCUACGGCGCUUUCAGCCCGAGGCCGACCCCCGACAGGCAGGGAUGGGCGACGCGACCUGGCUGUCGUUCCCCGUGCUCCUCCUGGCCGCUCUGCCCGCCGGGCUGCUGCGGGGGGCGGCGGGCUUCACGCCCUCGCUGGACAGCGACUUCACCUUCACCCUGCCGGCCGGGCACAAGGAGUGCUUCUACCAGCCCAUGCCGCCCAAGGCCUCGCUGGAGAUCGAGUACCAGGUUUUAGAUGGAGCAGAAUUAGAUAUUGAUUUCCAUCUUGCCUCUCCAGAAGGGAAAACCUUAGUUUUUGAGCAAAGAAAAUCAGAUGGGGUUCAUACUGUUGAGACUGAAGUUGGUGACUACAUGUUCUGCUUUGAUAAUACAUUCAGCACCAUUUCUGAGAAGGUAAUUUUCUUUGAACUCAUCCUGGAUAAUAUGGGAGAACAGGCACAGGAACAAGAAGACUGGAAAAAGUAUAUUACUGGCACAGAUAUGUUGGAAAUGAAAAUGGAAGACAUCCUGGAAUCCAUCAACAGCAUCAAGUCCAGACUAAGCAAAAGUGGUAAUAUACAAACUGUGCUUAGAGCAUUUGAAGCUCGUGAUCGAAACAUACAAGAAAGCAACUUUGAUAGAGUCAAUUUCUGGUCCAUGGUUAAUUUAGUGGUCAUGGUGGUGGUGUCAGCCAUUCAGGUUUAUAUGCUGAAAAGUCUAUUUGAAGAUAAGAGGAAAAGUAGAACCUAGUGCUCCAAAGCAGAUUAGCUAACAUUGAAAACUGAGGUAGAAAACUAAACCUGUUAGAGUCAAGAUCAUUAAGUGUAAAACAAGUAAAAUUUUAAAAUAAAAAUAAAAGUCUUCAUGUUAUAUACAAAUAAUUUUAAUGAUCCAGUUGUGCUUAUGCAUGUAAUAGGCAAAACAUAUAAAAUAUAAGUUUAAGUGAAUGGAGCCAUAUUAACAAGUGUAUAUCCCUGAGUUAAAAAAAAAAAAAAAGGUCACAAACAUCAUACAUGAAUUAAGUGAAUGAAUAUUCUUCCUAAACACCAAUUUACUUGUACCCAGAAGUUUCUGUGCAUAUGUGGCCGUCACAAGUUGAUUGCAGAGGUUGUCAAUGUAGCUAGUUAUAAACCAUUUCAAAAUCAUCUAAUUAUCAACCUUUCUCUAUUUACAUACAUAUCUUUCCUAAUAUAAAAAAUAGAAGCACAGCUUUGAAAUAACUUUUGCGACUUUUUAAAACCAAAUAUAUUAUAGUAAAAAAUAAAUAACAACAAAAAUAUUAGUUUUAUAUAUGUAAUCUACAUUUCCAAAAGCUGACAUUUUGAUAAUUCUUAAAACUGCAAAGGCUUUCUUUCCUCAUAAAAACUAGGCCAAGAUUUCUCUUUAAAUAGUUAUAAAGAUUUUCUAACAUGAAGAUAAUAUAAAGGUUGUUCAGUGUUUAUGAAUGGGAUGCAUUCUGUCUAGACCUUAACUGAAAUGUAUGAUUUUAACAGAAAUGGGAGAUAAAUUUAUUUUUAUAUUAUUUGUCAACAGUGUUAUUAGUUUUUUGUAGUUAUUGACUUUGAUAACACAUUGUUACUAGCAGUUGUGAAAGAAAUACGGCUGAAUUGAUCUGUUCUUAGUGUAAAUAAGCCGUUCCUUUUCAUAAGUUCUCAAAAUUAUUAAGAACAUCAAGAAAGAAUUGAGAUAAAUUUGAAAAUACCUGAUCCAAAAUAAAGGUCACUAAAUAGAACUGUAAAUAAGAUUUUGAAUCUGAUGGGCUCAUCUCAACAUCCCAAUCCUAAUAUAAAUUAUAAGAGUAAUUUCCAGUUAACUGAAAGAAAGUGUAUUUGGCUAUGGUGAAAAUGAUAAUUUUUGAAAUUUUUUUAGUUGUUUUACUGAAUUAUCUUUUAAGUAUUCAGCUAGGUUAGAUGAAAUGUGUACCUACUGUAAGGUUUAGCAUUGGGUAUACAUAUUUACAGUUUUUGAUAACUUUUCUAGAAUUACCUCUGAUCACUUUACUGAUAUUGAAGGAUUAGAAACAGUCCCAAAUUAUAAUCACCUAAUAUGUAAAUAAGCCAUAAAUACAUAAAAAUUCUCUGAAACGCUAGUUUGUCAGUUUGCAGUACAAUGUUACUCGAGUAUUGAUAAUUUCAUCAUGAAUAAAACAAAAUUUUUAGUUAUACCCAUCAGUAAUGUUAUAAGUGUACUGUGAGUUAGAAACAAUUAACAAUCAAAUUUGGGUAUAGAACCCAUAUUGCUAGAAUUCUAAUUAAGCAAUAACAAUUCCCAGAGAAAUACUGACUUAAUUUACAAAAUUUAUACUUACAAUGGUACACAGACAUUGCUCUCCUUCUUAGGCCCUUGGGAGAAAAUUAGCUUCUAGAUCCCUAUUCAUAGACUUUGAAAAAAUGAGUUAAAUACAUAGAUGAUCAGCAAGUGGCCAAGAAAAUGCUUGUCUAAGAGAAGUCCCUGUAGUUCAUGUAUAACAAGGGCCUAUGAAGAGCACUUAUUUUUCCUCUACUAAUUUCAUGAGAAGCAAGCUUACAGGUACCAUAACUAAUACAGCAGGGUAGUUAUAGUCUACUGCAUCUGUUCUACAAAACUGUGAUUAAUAAUUCUACCUCUUAUAUGUGUCUGUUACUGUAUUCUAAUUCCUUACCUAACACUGAACUUAUUACAUCAUAGUAUGUAUGUGAUUUGAGCCACUGAUUUUAAACCAGUAUCUUACCAUGUCACCAUAUAAAUGGUGGCUGUAUUUGAAAAACAAGGAAUUUAGAAUUAUGGAUAUUUUAUUUUUAUAGGCAAAAACAGAUAGCAUCAUGUAUCCUGUAUUGACCAUAAAAGGCAAAAUUUGAAAACAAAGGACAAGUAUUUUAAAGGCAUAUUAUCUGCUUCUGUAAGUUCUUUUAAUGUUACUUUCUCAAUUGUAAAAUUAAGCAAGCCAUCUCUAGAGCUGGUUUUGUCUACACAUUUGGUGAAGUUGACAUAAACACAGCAUUUCACCAAAGCCUAGAGUUCAUUGUCCUUACUUGAAUUUGGACCACUCUGUGCUCUUCUUUCAUGUGAAUGUCUAUACACAAAGGUCAAUGAGGGUCUGAAAAUAGCACUGUUAGAUAAAUCAGAAUGUCUUUUCACUAAAUAUUUUCCUUCCUAAACAUUAUGUCUUAAAGUUGGCAAAAACAUGUACCUGUAACUGGACACCUAAAGUGAAAAUUAUUCCUGAUUUUGAAACAAAUCAAUUAAGCAUGUAAUGGUUUUUCAAUGAUGUAUAAUAGUGUUGCUCACACUUGCUGUACACUUGUAAACAGUUGUCUUAAAUGAGCAAUGGAUUAUGUACUAAGCUGAACUUACCUAAUAAAAAUUACAGUCACA